AUGGGAUCAUACGUUCUCCCCGGCGCGACGCACACCGACGCACCACCGCGCACACCGACGCACCACCACGCACAACGACGCACGCCGGACCAAUUACUGUCGGGAGCAAUGGCGUUAAUAUCACGCCUCGGAUGCGCUUUUGUACUUGAAGACCUUUCAUGUUUUAAUUACUAUCUCUCCUUCCUUCUCUGUGAGAAUAGUGAAUACAACGGUCGCAAAUAUUUUAAA